AUGAAACCUGGGCUUAUAAAAUGUGAUCUGACACUGGACCCAAACACAGUAAACAGACUCCUCUCUCUGUCUGAGGGGAACAGAAAGGUGACAUGGAGGACAGAGGAGCAGCCGUAUCCUGAUCACCCAGAGAGAUUUGAGGACUGUGGACAGGUGCUGUGUAGAGAGGGUCUGACUGGGCGCUGUUACUGGGAGGUAGAGUGGAGUGGGAGAGGGGCUGAUAUAGGAGUGACAUAUAAAGGAAUCAGCAGGAGAGGAGGGGGUGAUGACUGUUGUCUUGGAUGGAAUGACAAGUCCUGGAGUCUGAACUGCUCUGACAACAGUUACAUUGCCUGGCACAAUAAUAACUCCACUAUCAUAGACGUCCCCUCCUCCAGCCCCCACAGAGUAGGAGUGUAUCUGGACUGGCCAGCCGGCACUCUGUCCUUCUAUAGAGCCUCCUCUGACACACUGACCCACCUGAUCACAUUCACCUCCACAUUCACUGAGCCCCUCUAUCCAGGGUUUUGGGUUUGUUGGGAUGAAGGCGACUCAGUGUCCCUCUGUCAGUGAUACACACACACAUACACACACUGGACAAUCACACACACACACACACACACACACACACUGGGCAAAGACGCACACACACUGGACAAACACACACA